AUGAAGAUCCCAAUUCUUCCCGUCGUGGCUCUCCUCUCUCUCCUGGCGUUGCACGCCGCCCAGGGAGCAUCCCUGGGGCAUCCCACGGUAAUCACGCAAGAAGACACCGCCUACCCUUCAGGAACAGAGGCCUUUAAGUCGGAUGACUUCCUGAACUGGCACGCCAUCACUGACAUGUUCAAAAAGGCGCUUCCUUUCAUUAACUGGGAAUUCUUCCCUAAGGUGAAAGGACUGAGAAGCAUAGUUCCUGAUUCCCAGUGA